UGACCGCGUGUUAGGCAAAAUUGAUGGAGAAAAAAUGACACUGUGGAGGACUCCAGUGAUAAAGCUGUGCAGACGUUUCCAGUCGUCAAUCUCAGUUCAUGAAGUAUUUCAGAGUCUAAAAGAGAGAGAUCUUGUACAUCAGCACACAAAGAUAUGUGCGGAGGACGUCCCUAAUGGUUGCUCUGUGUACGUUGGAUUUGACCCCACAGCGGAGAGUCUACACACUGGCAACCUCAUGGCUAUGAUGACACUGUUGCAUUUCAAUAGAGCAGGCUACCAGCCGAUAGCUGUGAUUGGUGGUGCUACUGGGCUGGUGGGUGACCCCAGUGGAAGGUCAUCAGAGAGGGACACACUAGCUCAGGACACACUGCACACCAACUUGGAAGGAAUAAAGAACGACUUGAUGAGAGUCUUCAACAACGCUAAGCAACAAUUCCCUGAGACUGAAUGUUAUAAGGAACUCAUUGUGCUGAACAAUGCAUCAUGGUGGAAUCAAGUGAGUGGAGUUGGUUUUGUGGCAGACAUAGCCAGAGAGGUCAGACUAUCAACACUGCUCAACAGAGACAGUGUGAAGUUGAGGCUGGGAUCUGAUGAGGGUAUGAAUUGUGCCGAGUUCCUCUAUCCAGUAUUUCAGGCGUAUGAUUUCCUACACCUCUGCAAGCACCACAACUGCAGAUUACAGGUGGGUGGAGCUGACCAGUUUGUUAACAUCACCACGGGCUGUAAACUGGUGAGAAAAGCAACAGGACAAUCCGUACAUGGUCUGACCCUUCCCUUACUGACCUCCCUAUCUGGAGAGAAGCUGAGUAAGAGCACAGGCAAUGCCCUCUGGCUAUCUCCUCACAAAACAUCACCAUUCACUUUCUAUCAGAGCCUUGUUAACACACCAGACCAGAUUGUGGAGAGAUGGCUAACAUAUUUCUCAUUUUUGAGCAAUGGGGAGAUCCAAGCUAUCAUGAGAGAACAUGAGGGUGAUCCAGCAAAAUAUGUUGCCCAGAAAUGUUUGGCUGAGAAUGUUACAAGACUCGUACAUGGAGAGGAUGGUUUAAAGAAAGCACAGAACGCAACAUCUGUCAUGUUUGGGAGAGAAGAGUCUACUGUGCAGCCUCUGAAGGAGCUAACUGAGAGAGACCUAGUGGCACUGUACAGUGAUGCUAGCACUACGGAGAUGCCCCUCUCAUUAGUGGGGGAGCUGACACUGGCUGACCUGGCCAUCAGGUCAGGUGCAGUGGGUAAAGUGGGUAGGAGUGUGGAGCAGCUGGUGAGGGACAGAGCACUGUGGGUGAACCUGGUCAGAGUGGCCUCCAUGGAAGAGAGAGUUGACCCCAACACUCAUUUACUAGCUGGCAAUAUCACUCUCAUCAGAAUAGGUAAGAAGUCAAACUUUACAAUGGUGAAAUGGAGAUAACAAGAACAGACAUUUUGUAGCUCUAAGGAAAUUGACACAUGACAUGUAUAUAAAUUAUAUACGUCGAUUAAUCAAUAUCAUAAUGUCAUAAUUAUCAAACAUUACAAUAAGUAUUUUGAAUAUCUGGCAUUUUGAAAUGAGGCUAUCUACUUGCUUGUCCAAUUAUUAAGUCCACAAUAGUUGAGUUUAUCUAUUAGCUGAGCUGUGCUUAUAGCCACUGCUUGUGCUUCUGUUGAUGUGACUUGCUCCACUGGUAGAGAGAACACUUGAGAGUAAAGUGUGUGCAGGUCUUCAGAGGGUUUGCCUGGGUCCAGCUUCCUUAGGACAGCAUCCAGGUCUGACAGAGUCACAUCACUGUGUGUGUGGGUGUGUGUGUGUGUGUGUGUGUGUGUGUGUGUGUGGGUGUGUGUGUGUGUGUGUGUGUGUGUGUGUGAGUGUGUGUGUGUGUGUGUGUGUGUGUGUGUGUGUGUGUGUGUGUGUGUGUGUGUGUGUGAGUGUGUGUGUGUGUGUGUGUGUGUGUGUGUGUGUGUGUGUGUGUGUGUGUGUGUGUGUGUGUGUGUGUGUGUGUGUGUGUGUGUGUGUGUGUGUGUGUGUGUGUGUGUGUGUGUGUGUGUGUGUGUGUGUGUGUGUGUGUGUGUGUGUGUGUGUGUGUGUGUGUGUGUGUUGGAGGGGUUGAAACGAAAAAAUAAAUUGCGAGGAACUGCCUUAUCUGACCGUAGAAUUGGGUAACCACCUCUCCUAUUUCCUUAUAAUGCAUUUACAAAUUAAACUUAUGAGACAUGAAUGGUUGCAGGAAUAACUAAUUUCAAGCUGGUAAGCUAGCUAGCUAUUAUUUAUAUUCAUGCUUCUAACUAUUAUUAUACUAAUAUGUAGUUUUAUUUAUUUGUACUUUAUUACCUUCAACUCUUGUGAUCUAGUCUUUACUUGCAUGAAUUGUGUUUUUUGGGUCUAAUCUGCUGGUUUUAACUACUCUCAAGGGAGGCCAGGGGGGGGGGUUUGGGUAAUUAUAUGUACAUGUAGAUGUAGUAAUUGAUAGAAUUUGACCUGUUACAUGUAUGUGUCUUUCUGUGCUUUUUUAAGAAAAAUGCUGUCAGCGCUGUGCCUUUUCUUUAUCCUUAGUAUUACUUUACAUUAUUACACAUCCUACUAUAUUUAUAGAUUACAGUACUGUACUCAUAAUUAGUUAUCUAUGUACACAUGUAUGUUACUGGGGGGUGGUCAUGCUGAUCUGAUUUCUUUAAUUGACUAAAGGUACACACAACACAGAAACAGACAGAAACAGAAAAGCACACAGAUGCUCGGCCUGGAGAGCCGAGAAUGAUGGGUUAAAGAGUCUUUAAUGGUGCACCAACUCUCCCCAUUCAUCUGUUGCAUUCAGUCACAUACACAUGCAACUACAGUGCUAUAUAACACCCAAUAGUUAUUGUACAUCUAUUCACAUUGGGGCCAUGCUGAAUAAUUAUUGUAAAGCUGUAAAAUGUUGAGGUCAAGCUGACAUAAAUUAUAAGACUUAUCUUCUAACUUGGACUUGAUAUUGGUUGCUGUGAUACUUCAAGUUGGCUUUUAAAAGAAAACUUCUGAGGGGGGCUUAGGUAUAAAGUACAACCCUGUAUUGUCUGGGUCAGGUUUUGUGGUACAUGUAGUUGAUAGUGGGAUUGGGGAAUGUGGGUUCUUCUAUGUGGUUAAACUGAAGCAAGCAUACAACAAACAUUAACCUCAAAUUUUGGUUCUUAGAAUUAGCAACAGGCAUCAAAUAGAUAGUAGUGUGUGUGUGUGUGUGUGUGUGUGUGUGUGUGUGUGUGUGUGUGUGUGUGUGUGUGUGACUUUACCCACAAGGGUGGGGGAUUGGGACCCCACCCUUGUGGGUAAAGGUCCCAAUCCCCUACAUGGGGAACGGUACGCGCAUGCGCAAUCUCAGUAUCUGUUUUAGAUUUUGCACAGCUAUCUUUUUAAAUGGAUCGAGGUGUAUUUACUGCAAGUCAUGUGACUUAAUUAAAAACACGUGGAUACAUUAUGAUAAUACAUUUAGUCCAUGUGGAAUAAUUGUUCUAAGUGUAGCUAUCCAGUAGUGUUCUAAAGCUUGGAGUUCUGUGAAGGACGUUGUUGCGUCAAUACACUGUACUUUCAGGUUUCUGACAGAGUGAUCGGUAAAGUUGAAGUGGUUGCUUAUAUACGUUCUUACUUUGUUGAAAAUAUUGCUACGAUGAUGAUUGAUUCUAGUUCGAAGCGUUUGAGUGGUGUAACCCACAUACUGUUUCUUGCAAUGUGAGCAUGUAAUUAGAUAUAUGAGAUAUCUUGAAUUGCAGGAAAAUUGGUGUCUGAUUGGAUACGUUUUUUCUGAUUUCGAUGAUCUGAAAAAUCUAUUACAUACUAGGUGUUGACAUGUUGCACAGCUCGGUUUCAUACACUUACUUAUUCGAGUGUGUUGUGUGAGAGUGGGAACGCUUCUUGUAAUUGUGUGUUGGUGGACUUGAUCAAAGGUUAUUUCAGUUCUGAGCGUUUGUUCUUCGUUUAAACUGAUUUUGGCCCUAACGAGUUCUUUACCGAGAUUUUGGUGUUUCAGAUUGAUUAUUCUGGGACUGGGUAAUAGUAAGCCUUUGUAGUGCUGUAGUGUGACACUUUUUAGUAAUUGGAAAUUUGGAGGCGAGAGGCACUUGAAAAUGGGUGGUCUUACUCUGGCAGGAGGUUUUUUCAUUUUCCGAAGUAACUGAGGUCUUCUCUCAUAUGACACGGAAUUGAUGGUUUUGUCAAUGAGGGUUUGGGGAUAGUCUCGUUUUUUAAGGCGUAUGCUAAGGAGCUGAGUCAUGGUUUGAAACUCCUGGAUGGUGGUGUUUGUGCGCACAAGUCUGGUACAUUCUCCGGUAAUGAUGGAUUUGAAGAUGUGUUUCGGAUGGUUUGAUGUAUAAUGUAGGUACUGGUAGAGAUUUUGUUGUUUUUGGAAGGUUUUUGUGUCUAGUUUUCGAGAUUUGUGGAAGUGGGGACCUUUGUAAAUUGUCAUAUCUAGAAACGAGACUUGUUGAGAUGAGUAGGAGUAUUUGUAACUUAAUUUUUGGUGGGAUAUAUUGAGUUCGGAUAGGAAGCUGAUUAGCGAGUUUUCAUCAUGCUGCCACACUAUAAAAAUGUCAUCUAUGUAUCUUUUAAUCAGGAGAGGUUUAGCUGGUUGUUUUUCUAAAAAUCUUCU